AUGUCUGCAGUCACAGAAGAAAUCAAGGCAAGUGCAACAGAAGUGUACCAUGGAAAUGAAAUGUGUCAAAUAAAAUCAAAAUUUAUUCUCAGAGAAAUGGGUUUACCAAAUGGCCUUCUGCCACUCAAAGAUAUGGAGGAAUGUGGGUAUGUCAAAGAAACAGGCUUUGUGUGGCUCAAACAGAAGAAAAGAACUGAUCACACUUUCCAAAAAAUUGGAAAGCUCACUUCUUAUGCUAAUGAGGUCACAGCGGUUAUUGAGAAAGGCAAGAUCAAGAAACUGACUGGGGUCAAGACUAAGGAGCUCUUGUUUUGGAUCAAACUUAGUGAUAUUUAUGUUGAUGAUCCUCCUACUGGGAAGAUCACUUUCAAGACUCCAACAGGUCUGUACCGGACCUUCCCUACGUCUGCUUUCGAGAUUGAGGGUUGUGAAGAACCCAGUGGCCAAGUGAAGGAGGUCUGA